AGUGUACUACUACUCUACCACCCAUCUAAGCAACCCCAAAUACUACUCCACCAACCCAAAACAAAUUCUUUCUGAUCACAACUUGUAAGAAAAAGUCUAAUUCUCAAUUCAAAAUUCUUAAAUUCUUAAUCUUGAAUCUUGAUAUAGAAAUUCAUAAAUACAAAUCUAUAACUCCUCCUCCUAAUCUAAUCCCUCUCAAUUAUCCCUGUAAAUCAACCAAAUUCAAGAUGAUGCACAUGACCUUUUACUGGGGUACAAAAAUGGUACUCUUGUUCGAUUUUUGGAAGACCGAGUCAUGGCUCAGUUACUCACUCAGUCUUCUCUUUUGUUAUCUUUUUGCUGCGUUUUAUCAGUACAUGGAAGAUCGUCGGCUUAGCAUUUUAGCUAUGGGUAUUAUUCCACCAUCUCAAGGCUCUGGGAAUACUCCUUUACUUCCUCCAAGACUCGGAACUCGGUUAACAAAAUCGUCCCGAUUCGCCACAGCCGUGUUGUUCGGAGUCAACUCAGCUAUUGGGUAUGUUUUGAUGUUAGCUGUUAUGUCUUAUAAUGGUGGUGUUUUGAUUGCAAUUGUUUUGGGACUUGCGGUUGGGUAUUUUCUUUUUCGUGCUAAAGAAUAUGAAGCUUUGAUUGUUGAAGAUACUUGUGCUUGUUCUUGAUCAUGAUCUUGAUCUUAAAUCCCUCGAUCAUUUCUUUUUGUUAAAGUUUUUCAACUUUUUGUUUAAUUUUAGUUUGUUUUACUUGUAAUUUAUAUGUGUAUGUUGGUGAAAUUAUUGAAUUGGGAACUUAUAAAUUGUGUGUAUUAGUUUGGGUGAAUUUGUUGCAUUACAAUUGAUAGUAUUCUCCUCCAAUUGAUUAUAAUGUUUCUAAUUAUGGAA